AUGAGCAACAAGCAGACACGCCAACGCCAGACUGGUGGUCGUGGUCGCAGCCGUGGACGCCGACGCGGCCAUUCGCAGGCAUCUGAGAGAAGGAGUCACGACACUCACGGCGCUCUUGGUCCUCCUUCACCCGACAGCGGCAAUCAGACGCCGCCGUUGCCAUUCGACGCAAAGCCUCCCCUCACAGAAGCCGUACCCCUCGACACACCGAGCUUUUCUGCGCUUGACGACCAGCACCUCCAUCCCUCACUCACACAAGCCAUCACCGAGGACCUUGGCUUCGACCACAUGAUGCCUGUUCAGGCUGCCACUCUCUGGGAACUCUUGCCGCCGAACCGCCACGACUGUCUUGUCCAGGCCAAAACAGGCACGGGCAAAACCAUCGCUUUCUUGCUCCCCGCCCUCCAGAAUAUGAUCACCAAGAAACAGCCCGGCGCUGCGACCAUCUCGCUUCUCGUCGUCGCGCCAACUCGCGAGCUUGCAUUGCAGAUUGCUCAGGAAGCUACAUCUCUGCUCCAAAGAUUACCCGAAUACCGCGUCCGCACCGCCAUCGGCGGCACAAAUAAGGACCGUGAAGAGAAGCAAAUUCUUGACAGCUGCCACGUUCUCAUCGCCACGCCCGGGAGACUCAUCGACCACAUGGGCAAUGAAGAUAUAUUAUGGGCUCUCCGGCAGCUAGACACGCUAGUCUUGGACGAAGCCGACAGACUCCUCGACAUGGGCUUCUUGCCCGCCGUUCGAGAAAUUGUCAGCAAGUUGCCUGACAAGAAGGACGUCAACAGACAGAGCAUGCUAUUCUCAGCCACCAUUGCCGACCGCGUCAACAAGAUUGCCGGCCUUGUCCUUUCCCCCGGAUACAAAUUCAUCUCUACAAUCCCCCAAGGCGAAGCCAACACACACGAACGCGUACCAUAA